AUUCCCUCGUAGCGAGCUAUCCGCAUGCCAAUCGCAUUUGAGGAUUUCUUUUCGUGAAUAUGCUGUCUUGAAAAAGUACGAACCUGUUUCAAUAAUAAAUAACAUAUGUGAACAAUACAGUGGCAAUUUUUUUAAAAUGGUAAUUUGUUUGUUUUGCGCUGUCGUGCCGGUGUAACUUUUGCUUGUGCCCUUUAAUAUCGUCGUUUUUGAAAAGUUUGAAAAUUCACCUGAUGUCUUCUUGGAGUGUCGUCAGUUUGGAGAGUUUCAACACUUAAAUCAUAUCCACAAGACUCGCUCUUCCAGAUUUAGCCUGUGACGCUGUACUUAAACGUCAUCGUGAUGUCCGUUUGCCUCGAAAGUAGUCGUUCGCGAAACGGACUGAAGUUGCCUCUUAAUCGCAGCUACAGUGAACCGGGACCGCCCACAACUAACCCUAGUCACAGUCCAAAUCAGUUAAGUCCGCCUAAACGAUUCAAACUGGAGACCCAGGGGAGUAUAAGUUUACCGACCAGCCCUUGCGCAGAAAGUGCCACUCUGCAGAGGAAUUGGGUAUUGAAUAAUGUCAAAACCAUGGAACCGGAAGCUUUGAAAGCUAAGAUGGAAGACCCUAGAAGUGGCAGAAAUUUUAUACUGAUCGAUUGUCGUCCGUUCAUGAGCUACAAUAUGAACCAUAUCAAUGGGGCCAUUAACGUUAACUGCUCCGACAGAUUCAACAGGCGAAGACUUCAAUUGGGGAAAGCUAGUUUAGCUGACUUGGCGACGACCAGAGAGGGCAAGGAAGUUCUUAAAAAACGGUCUUUUCGCGAAGUUAUCAUUUACGACGAUUCAACGAGUGAGAAGGACAGAAUAACUGUCGGACACCCUUUGUUGUUAGUUCUAGUAUCUUUAGUAGAGGACCAUAAAGAGCCAUCCUUGUUGAUCGGAGGCCACAGAGAGUUUCACCGGAAACACAAAGAACUAUGCGAGGACACGCUAACCGCCGGUCUUUCAGGGCGGGGCAUCGCGAAUUCAGCAUCUUGCCCAGCACUAGCAGACGUCGACUCUUACCCUGCCUCGAAAGUUCUACCUUUUUUGUACCUUGGCAAUAGCAAAGAUGCUGCCGACCUUUCUUGUCUACAAGGACUGGGUACCACCUGCGUCUUGAAUGUGACGUCACAACUGCCCGGGUACCACGAAGAAUGCGGUAUCACUUAUAAACAAAUACCGGCAACAGACUCGGGACAUCAGAACCUCAAACAGUAUUUCGAAGAAGCUUUCGAAUUUAUCGAACAAGCGAGAAAAAACGGAUCUAGAGUUCUGGUCCACUGUCAGGCUGGCGUGUCUAGGAGUGCUACCAUCGCCAUUGCGUACAUUAUGAAGUACAAACACCUGUCGAUGGUGGAGGCUUACAAGAAAGUGAAAGAAGCAAGGCCUAUUAUUUCGCCAAACCUGAAUUUCAUGGGACAACUGUUAGAAUUAGAACAGAGUUUACGUAGUGAUAGUAGUAAUAAUAAUAAUAAUCUUCAGUGUCGAUGGAGCCAGCAGCCGACUGAUGAAGUAUCAGAAGGAUGCAGUGUUUGAGUUUGUAAGGACAAAAGACAAUGUGUAUCCGUUUGAAAAACGACAGUGUAUAGUUGUGUUACAUAUUCCCCUUUUUAAAUUAGAAUUUCACUUAUAAAGAUGCGAAAUUCUAAUAUGAGAUCUACUUCAGACAAUGUGUAGUCGCCAAGGUCGCCAUAAAGUUCCAUUCUAGUCGUUUCUGUUGGACAAAAGGCUGUGUAACCAUUAAAGAUAUUUCAUAUUAAUGUAAAACUGUCCGUAUUUCUUUCAUUGUGAGGAUCUAAUAUUUGUUUUCCAACUGUAGCAGCUCUAAUUGGAAUGGUAAUUUUUCUGGUUCCUUAGCGAAAGUCAAAGUUUUCUUAGGUUAAGUUGCCGUAUACUCUUUGGAAAAUUGCUCAUGUGCUGGCAAAGUACUGUUAGGUCAGUAUUAUAAAUAAUAUCCGAUCAAUCAGUAUGGUCGUUUUCCUUGGUGAGGCAAAGUUUGAGACAAUUUUAUGUCAAAAAUGUCAGUGUCUGGGUUCCAGAAUGUUUACCAAAGAUUUAUAUGUUAAAGCUAUCCCGUGAAAGAUAGUUUAAAUAUAAUUUAUCCAGUCAGUAUGUGAAAAAUUUUAAAAAUGAGAGUUAGGUAUAAAGGAUGAUAAAAGAAACAAAAAAUGUAAAGCCUUAUAAUAUUUAUAAUCAAAUCAUGAUUUGUUACAGAACAUUUUAAUAUUUUUUUACAUAUUGACUAAUGCGCGCAGCAGAAUAAAUUAUUUAAUUUCGGCAGAAUACUGUACAAUGAUUAUUUAUUGAACUUAGUUGUUCUACUGUAAAUGUAACUAAUAAUACUUAAGUUUUUUUGGGGGUGAUUUCCCAUCUUUUGUUCUUUUGCUGAAGGCCAUACGUUCAUUUCUUCCUAUAUUAGCAUGUAAUAUUGUAGGAUUUGUUUUUUGGUUUUGCAGAAUAGUUUCAAUAGAUUGUACUAUUGGCAGUUGGGAAGCACUUUCAGGGUUUUGAUAAAUAUUAUUGUGAUUUUUAAUUAGUGUAUAAGGUAUUAGCGCAGGUACUAAACAGAAAGGUGCAUAAUAGUGUAGCGAGCAUAUUGUUAAUGGCCAUACUAAUUUCAUGUUAAGAAUAACUUGCACCAUAGUUUUACGGGCCACACUAUCGCAUAAAUAUGUGCCUUUACAUUUAUUAUUACUUGUAAAAUUUGUAUAGAGACUAACAUGGGCAACUUUCUGACUCUGAUUUUUUGUCUAUUUUUCUUGACAAUUGUUUUAAUUUUCUAUCCAUUAUUUCUGUUCCCCCGACACACAUUUUUUAUUUUUAAUAAAAAAAGGUAUGGUUUUCCUAAUUUUUAGGGUCAAAAACUGACUCAUGUUUUUGUUUGUAGUAAAUCGAUGUUUUAAUCGAUAAAACAGAUCAGUUUCCCCAAUAUUUGUGUUUUUAACAAAACCUCAAGGUCUCUUUUUUAGAAUCCAUAAAAUUCAUGACCAAAAUUAAAAAAAUCAGGUUAUUUUCUAGAAAUUGUUAUUAGGAAAUCCGAGUUAGAAAAACGGGUUUAAAAAUCAGAGUAAAAAGUCAUUUUUAUUUUUUUAUUAUUAUACAUAUUAUUAAAAAUAAUGGAUAGAAAGUGGGAACAUGACCAAGGAAACUAGGCAUUAAAAUCUGAGUUAAAAAGGUACACAUAUUAGACUACAGAAGCCAGACUGUAAAAGAUUUUAAAAUGACUACUUGUAAAAUGCAAGACUUAUAUAUGUCCUAAAUAAAUUCUUAGGUGUUUAAG